CCUUGCAGAAAUUUGCAUUGAUGAUCAGGCUAACCUGCUAAUAGUCUAAAUUAUCGUGCAGCUUGCUAUGAUUUCCUUACGUAAUAUGCACAGGGUCUGGCACUGUGCAGCCUCACUUAGUGGGCUGCUUGUAAACACUCAAAAACCUCUUAUUAUGGGUGUUCCUGUAUCUGUAAAGCGCCGUACAAGUUACGAGUUUUCACUUGCUAGCUUUUCCACCACGGGAACUUUGCACAGCUCAAUAUCAGAAGCCGAUACAAUUAUGACUUCAAUGAUUGAAGCAGUUGUUGCAAAUGUUGAUGACUUAAAAGAUGGAGAAAUGAAGACUGUGGACGUUGGUGAAGGAAAAGCUCUCCUGGUUAGAGAAUAUGGGCAGUAUUAUGCCGUCGGGCAUAAGUGCACUCACUAUGGUGCACCCUUAGCUAGUGGAGCAUUAUGUAAUGGAAGGGUAAGAUGUCCCUGGCAUGGUGCUUGUUUUAACAUCAAGACAGGUGAUAUCGAAGAUUUUCCUGGACUGGACAGCAUUCCAAAAUUUGAGGUUGUCGUAUCAGGGAACCAAGUCAUUGUGAAAGCACAUCCUGAGCAAUUUAAGUCUCAUAAGAGAGUCAAAGCCGCCUCUUCCAAGACAAGCCCUGGUUCUCCAGAUAAAAGAYGAUUUGUAAUAAUUGGAGGAGGUGGAUCUGCAAUGAAAGCAGCAGAAACGUUAAGAGAGGAAGGAUUUACAGGGCAAAUUGUCAUGGUAACCAAAGAGGCUCACCUUCCUUAYGACAGACCUUUGUUAAGUAAGAAACUUGCCAUUGCUGCUGGGGAUAUGAAGCUGAGAUCAAAUGAAUAUAUGGUSGAGCAUAACAUACAGUUCUGGUGUGGAAAAGAGGCUCUUUCUCUCGACACAACAAAGAAGACUGUCCAAUUAAGUGAUGGCAAAACCUUGGAAUAUGACAGCAUUCUUAUUGCUACUGGUGGACAACCAAGAUCAUUAGACRUACCCGGCAGCAAUCUGAAGAACAUUUUACUGCUGAGAAGCCCAGAAGAUGCUAAUAAAAUUGCUGAAAUUGCACCUGGAAAAAAGGCUGUGGUGAUCGGAUCAUCCUUCAUUGGAAUGGAAUUAGCAGCCUUCUUAUCAGGAAAGGCCAGCUCCGUAACAGUAGUGGGAAGAGCUGAGAUUCCCUUUGCAAAUGUCCUUGGGAAAGAAAUUGGUGGACUUUUAAAGAAGUUACAUGAAAGUAAAGGAGUAAAGUUUAUUUCUGGUCAAACUGCGAAAGAGUUCAAAGGUCAAGGCGGAAAGCUCUGCGCAGUAGUUUUGACUGAUGGAACAGAACUCGAGGCAGACAUCUGCAUCCAAGGAGUUGGGGUCAAGCCUUCAACGGGUUUCCUGAAGGACAGUGGUGUACCRCUGAACAGCCAAGGAAGUAUUGUUGUUGAUAAGUACCUGCGGGCUUGUGACGAUGUGUACGCUGCAGGAGAUAUCGCUAACUUCCCUCUCAAGAUGCUGGACUGGGAAUCUGUUACUAUAGGACAUUGGCAGAUCUCACACAAACAUGGACGGACUGCUGCUCGUAACAUGUUGGGCAAGAAUGAAGAACUCAACACUGUGCCAUUUUUUUGGACAACUCAAUGCGGAAAGAGUGUGCGCUACUGUGGCCACGCCCAUCACUUUGAUGAUGUCAUCAUUGACCGAAACAUCGAUGAAAUGAAAUUUAUUGCAUAUUUUGUCAAGGGAGACAAAGUACUAGCAGUGGCCACAAUGGGCCGCGACCCUGUUUGUGCCAAGGCAGCCAAUCUUUUAUUUGAAGGAAAGAUGCCAUCGGCUUCAGAAAUCAGGGCAAAUCCAAAUGAGUGGCUGAAUUAGACUGACAUAAUUGGACAAACAGCUAUUUUUGGAUAAAAUUAUACCCAGCACUGGAACAGGGUUUGUUUUGCUCCUCAAAUUUUAAAACUUUCUUCCAUUUUCUUUAUCCAUCUGGAAAACUCCAGCAAUCUCAUCAUCAAUGAACCCUCCUUGAAAUCUUAAAUGCUCUGUUAACAUAAAAAUACAAAAGAAAUGACACAAAUCCUUUGAGGAAAAAGUCUGAUAUCUUUUGUAGUUCCAUGUUAGCUUGGUGUCCAAGAUAAUUUUGAAGAAGGGUUCAUUACAAGUACAAAUCCCUGCAUUCGAAGUAUUAGUUGAUGUGAAAUGCGGAAUGCAGUCUGAUGAUAUAUAUAUAUAUAUAUGGGAAAUAUUAUACAAUUACAAAUCCCUGCAUUCGAAGUAUUAAAAAAGGUAAAAAAAGGUAAAGGUAAUUUAUUUUACUUUGAUAACGGGGGGAGUGGUUGCCCAAUUCUCCCCAGCCAAGGGCUCAUGUUAAAUGCACUUGAAGGUGUGCCCUCUACCCCCUCUUACUAUCAGUGCUCCUUUUUACGGGUAUUUAAAGCUACACAGAACAGAAAGAAGUUGAAACAGACGUGGAGUUCCUGAGGAUCGAACUAUAGACCUCUAGCUCUGAAGGCCGCACACUAACCAGCUGAGCUACACCUGCUCCUAAUAUUGAUGUGAAAAUGUGGAAUGCAGUCUGAUGAUAUAUAUAUAUAUAUAUGGGAAAUAUUAUACUACUUGAAAUAUGAGAUAUAUUUAAAAAAAAGUCUUAAUAAAGUAGAUAAACAAAA